AUGAGUGAUCAUUUACAACCAGAAAACGUUAAUCAAGAUUCUAGUCCAAGAGAGUCUAGAUUUACCGAAAUAAAAAUCAACUCUAGUGAAAAUCCAGUACAAAUUAAAAAGGAUUGGCUUCUUGAAUACAGAAAUGGCUUGAGUUGCGAAGAAAUGCAACAACGACAGAUUGAAGGCAAAUCAUAUACAAUGCCACUGCUUAAGGCAAUGCUCUUAAGCCACUAUAAUCGUACAGCAUGGAAUGAUGCCGAAAGCCAAGUUAAGUAUUCUAAUAUAAAAAAUGGUCAAACGACAGAUGAGCUCAGAGAAAUCUCUCAAAGAUUAAUGGUAGAUGAAGACAAUAGUGCAAGAGUUCUUUUAGAAAGAAAGUACUGUAUGAAGAAAGUGGGAUUAUUAGGAAAGUUUUCGCCACGCUGGUUUAUUUUCAAGGGUACAAAUUUAGCUGUUUUUCACUCAGCCCAUGAGGAAACUCAACCAAAAUUUUACAGUUUAGUUGGAGCAGCAUACGAAGUUGAAGAUAGAGAUUCUUCUCAAAACAAGAUAUCAUGGACAACUCCAAUCGAAAUUAUCUCUGAAGAUGGAAAUAUUGUUCAUACUGAUGCAAAGUACAGACUUUCUGUAGUUACGAAAGAACCAAAAGUAAGACACUUUUGUUUAUACAGUAACAAAAAGGAGGAAAUUGCUGACUGGGUAAAAGUUUUUCAUGUAGCCAAUUUAAAUUUGGAUCCAAGCCAGGCAGCAUUGAUUUCUAAUGUGAUUACUAGAAUUGCCCAGAGAGAUGUUCCUUCGGCAUGGGAAGCAUUAGUUUACGAAGCAGAAAACAGAGCCCAUAGAGAAACAAUGUUGAGGUGUUUUGUCAAUAGACUUAGAUAUCUCAAGGCUACAAGAGUACUUAACAAGUGGCAGACUAUCUACAAAGUUCAAAACAAAGAUUCUAAUGAAGGUUUAAAACUUUUAGGAAGAGAGGUAAUGCUGGGAAGACUUUAUCGUCGUGACAAAUUGUUAGUUAGAACUAGUCAACAGAGAGAAGCAAUUAUUGAGCUUAUCCAAGAAGGGUAUAGAAGAGAAAAGAGUAAAAGUCAAGCUCAGAUGAAGGCUUCUGCUGAGAGCUUUGAGACAACUGAUAGUGAUGCAGCGGCAAUUGCUGCUACUUCAGAGGGAGCACAGAUUAAGCAGGGUCAACAAGGCCGUGACUUUCCAACAGUUUUUUAUGUAAAUCCAUCUAUAGAGAAGUACCAUUCAAGGAUUUUAGAUGGUAAGGAACAGUCAAUUAAGUCAAAAUAUUCUAAGCAUACAAUCAUUCCUACAUAUCAAGAAGAUGCAAACGUAAGAAUUUCCAGUGACUUAAGUAGGGUAAUUUGGGCACCAAAAAAGUGGGAAUCUGUUGGAAAUAAAAAUAUGUUCAUUGAUGUAGAUUCUAUUUCAUCGAUAAUUGUCAACGCAUCCAAGCCUUCAUAUGCCUCAAAAGGACUAUAUUCUGCCCCUACAAUAGUUAGUGAAUAUGAUAUUGCAGAAUGUGUUGAUGAGUAUGUGUACAGUAUGACUGAUUCUUGUUUCUCACAUAUUACAAAUAAAGAGAAGAGAGAAAGAGAUCCACAAAAUAAAAUCACUACCGGUAACUGGUUAGCUAUUUGUGGCCCGAGAUUAGGGUUUAAUCCAGCAUAUUCACCUGAUUUCCUAAUUCGUGAUACACCCGUAGUUGUAAUGAAGGUUAACAUCAAUGUUAAAUCUAUUAGUUUAAACGAAAGGUUCUCCCGUCUUUACACAGAAUACUAUCAAUAUUAUGCCGAUGAAUUGCAAGAAAUGGCUCCUUAUGAAAAGACAACUACAAUGGCAGCUUUGACUUACGGCGACAACUCUCAAACCACUAGAUUGAACACUAUUAAAUCUUUAGUCUCAAACGCCCAAACAAAUGAAGAAAUAGUACGUGAUUACGGUACUAUGACAAGUAGCAUUUCUAGUAUUAGAAGGCUCUUUACAGCAGCGUCAAACAUUGAUAAUGAAGGGAUUGAAAACAACUUGAAAGAAUCCGGAUCGUCAAAUUUUGAAAACCAAAUCAAACCAUCAAACUCCACAAUUGCAUCAAUAAGGAACUUAUUCACAAGGAGCAUCUCAAAUGUUAAAGAUUUUAGUUCUCCGAGAUCUUCACCAGUAAGAUCUCAGACAAAAUCCGCGACUGUAACAGGUACAAAAUCUGCAAGAAAGGUUGAUGGAUUAGUUCUCCCUCCAGAAUUGAGUGUUGUAGAUCCAUUUAAAACAGUUCAAGUUGAGAGAAAUUUAGAGAUAAGAGAUAGUACAGUUCAGACAUAUCUUAGAAUUACAGCCUUUCAUCAAUCUUAUACAUCUGCUCAUGCAGUAGGUGUUAACCCAACUUAUGAUUUGAACUUUUGCGUUGAUGUCCCAUUGAUGACAUCAAAUGCUUCAAAAGAAAUGAUUAAUGAAGCAAGAAACAAGGCCAUGGAAGACGCAAUUUGUACAGUCGACCUUUGGGUUAAAUCACCAAUUGAGUGUGUUCCAGAUGAACUUAUUGCCUCUAUUGAUAUUCCUCUAAGAGAAUUGAAAAAUAGUGAUCGACUUUCUAGACAAAGAUCUCAAUUUAUUGCUGCUGAUUCAUUUAUUCUCAAACAACCAGUUCCUGAUUUGAAGUCUAGUGCCAGUGGAAAUUCGAGGGCAAUUCAAAUCCUUAAAUACUUAGGUCUUUUGGAUCCAAAUAGCGAAAAUCUAGAAGAUUUACCACUUGGUCAGUUAGAUAUUUCUGCUGAUUCAGUGAUUGAAACAACAAUUAUGGGAGAGACCCCAAUUUCCCCUGAAACUAUUUGUUUAGGUGGACUUCAAGGACUUUCUUCUUAUUCGAUUGAUCAACUACCAAAUCAAAAUAUUAGACAAAAAAACGGGGAUUGCGUUGAGUUAUACAUUGGACAAGUAAAACUUGAUCCGAAUUGGACUCCAGGUCUCUAUUUCGUUGAAGUUAUUAUGGGUGAUGUCAGCUGUAUGACUCAUUUAGUUCAAACAAGAUACGAUUCUAUCUACGCUGAUUUUCGCUCUCAUUUGUAUAUUCCAAGAUACGAUAAUCAACUUGGAGUUGACCCGAAAUGUUUACAAAUAUUAAUAAGGCGUGCGUUGGGAACUGAAGAUAGAUGUUCUUCAUUGGCUAGAUUACUCCAGGAUUCUGUUAUUAUGGGAGAGUUAAUAGUGGAUGUAACAAAGCUAACAAUAAAUGAGCCACACAGUAGUAAUGGUUUGUAUGCUGUUUUCAAGCCAACUACAUCCGCACUUUACGGAAGUAAGGGUUUGGAUUACGCUUUGGAAAUAGCGCAGUUGGGUCCAAAAUCUGAUGAAUUGCAGGAAGCAAAACAACAUAUGUUAGAUGUUCAAAUUAGAAUGAUGGUUACUUUGAGGAGAAAAACAGAUGUGACACUGAAGAAAGUUAUCGAUCAGUCUGAUGAUUUUAAAUUAGUGGGUGAUACAGCACUGUUAGUGGUGGAAGAGGAGCUCAAAUACCCAAUUUCUCAAAAGGAAUUUCAUGUAAAAUGUUGCCCUGGUAAUUUUGAUACAUUAAAAGCUGGAACACUGGGAUUACCAUUGCGUUCAGUUGGAAAUUACAUAGAGUAUGAAAUUGGAGGAUUCCAAGAAAAUUCAGAUCAACAGAUUAAUGAUUUGAAUACUCUAAACAAGUUUGAGAACGACAGUAUUUUGAAUGAAGAAUUAGAAGCUAUUGAUGCUCAACCAGUUCCAUUAUAUGCGAGUGAUCCAGUACCUGCUCAAUUCUAUCUUCCGGAAGAUCCACGCACAUUCAGAAAUCGUAAGCUACCAGGUAUUUGGCAUCGUAUAUUGGCUGAUGGAUUUAGACCAGGAGAGCGUGUUACACGACUUACUCAUCGUGUUAGAUAUGUUCCAGUUACUAUUAUUGCAAUUUACAAGAAUAGAACUGCUUUGUGUAGAUGGGCAGAAAACGUCUCAAUUAAUCCGACUGAAUUCCCUGAAGGCUGUGUAUUUAUUCCCGAACAAAGAUUAGUUAUGGGCGUACCACUUUCAUUCCUCUCAACUCCACACAAAGCCGGUAUUCAUGUAUAUGAUUCAACUAUCACCAGAUUACCAGAUAAUAGUAUCACACUUUUAAGUGAUAUAACAAAUUAUGGUGGAUAUAUGCCGUUAAGUGUUAACCCGAUAUUCUGUGAAUAUGAAUGGGUACUCUGGAUUAAAGCAGAGACACCGCAACAAAUGACUUUAUGGGCAACAAUUAUUAGAAAUACUGUAAGAGAAAGAGCAUUCAGACGUGUAAGAGCAUACGAAAGAACCAGAGAUAUUAUGAAUAACGAAGAAGAAACUGAGAAUAAUGAUUGUAAAGCCUCUAAUUCUACGAUUUCAAGGCAUUCCAACACUCAAUCACAUUUGGAAAAACGAUAUGAUAGUGGCGAAUUGGAAGUUGUUGUACACAGUUCAAAGAUACUAUGCAAAAGUAAUAAAUCACUGAAUUUCUAUGCAGUUUUCCAAUGGGCAAGAAUACCGAGGCAACUAUACGAAAUGAUUGAAAAUGAAGGAAAUUAUGACGUUAAAAGUAGUAUUCGCCAAGCAGUCAAAAGAAUAAUUGAAGAGAGCAUUCUAGGAUUUAAUAUGAAAAAUAGGGGUUCAGUAACUGAUCAAUUGACUCCUCAAGAACUAAGACCUGCUCCAAUAGAUAUGAAUACUGCAAAGCUGCAUGCAAGUUACAUUCCAUUUAGUCUUUCAACUCAAAUAAAAGAAACUAAAUUGUACUCUGUUGAUAAAAUAAGGGACGACUUCUUAAUUUUGGUUACAAAAAUAACCUUCAGUUCUUACUACCUCUCAAACCUAUGUAGGAAUGUCUUACCAGACGAAACUUCACCAUAUGUUAAAAAUUCAAAAGAGGCCAAAUUAUUAGAUAAAAUUAGCGGUGAAUUGGUUGGUGUAAUCCCUGACAAACUUGACAAGAAAAAACUGACUAAUGAAGUUUAUAACACAUAUAGAUGUAGGUUCUACAACAAUAAAGAUACUUGUGAACGAGGAGGAAGUGUUUUUAGCACAACACAUAUUGACACAAGUGAUGAAGUUCCACUAUUAAUUAUCAAAUUAUUCCAAGAGACAAAUAAUGAUACUGAUACAUUUAUUGGGCAUGUGACAUUGAAUACAGUUGAUUAUUUGACACCAGAAAAUCCAUUCCAAAUUAAAUAUAAAAAAAUCAAUCCAAGAUAUACUUAUAUUGUUUCUGCCUCAGGUGCCGGUGGCAAAAUGUAUAAUUUCGAUACAGUUCCUGAUGCAUUAAAUUUCGUGAUGUCUCAAAAUAAAGAAAUUACUGUUGAAGAAUUUUAUAGGGCAUUGUAUGGUGAAACAAACCAGGCAAGAAGAAUUCACGGACCAUGGAGAGUUAGAGUCCAAGAAAAUAUUGAAUAUCACGGUGAUGUCUGUUUAAUGGUUAGAUAUGGUCCUACCGAUAUUCGUCUAUUGACAGAAUUCCAACCAACUGCGAAUGAUUACAAGGAGCAUAUUCUAGAUUACCAUAGGAAACAAUUCGAUGACAGUGGUAUUCCAUAUAUUCAUACAGUUUAUGACCCAAAUACACCAUUUGCUGUUAAGAUGGCAAGAAUAUUUGGUAACAAGUUUGGACAAUUGAAUGGGAACGUAUUUGAUUUGUUAAAGAAAUAUUCAGAUGAUACAAAAAUGUUAAAAUUGAUACAAAUGUAUUUAUUGAGACCAGCUGAACAAUGGAUAUAUGAAAGAAGUCUUUAUGAGCAGAUGUUAUUCUUAGAACCGUUGACAGACUUAAUUGAAAAACAAAAUAUGACAAGAUGGAAAUAUUUAUUAGCUGAUUCAAAUAACAGAGGUUUACAACAAUGGGAACAAUUAUAUCGUCAAGGUUUAUUGUUACAUAAAGUUGACGAACUAUCGUAUGACAGUUGGUCUAUCUUGGUAAAUGCUAACGUUCGUGAUCGCUUACCAUCUAUUUUACUUGAAUUAUGGAAUGGAGAAGAAUACUUGGGUGAAUAUUUAUUACCUUCCUUGUCUUCCUUAUUAUUAAGUAAGAUUAACACUACGGUUAGAUUACACACUUCAGCCUUGGCUAGAGAAAAUGACAAGAAAACACGUUAUGAUAUCAGAAAAGAAAACUUAACUAGCGCAAAAUUGUCUACAUUUAUAAAUAUGGAAAUAAGUUGGAGAAUAAAAAGUACAACUGAAGGUAUAUUUGGAUUAAUUGUGAGAGAUGUUAGGAAUGUUGUUUCCGAAUUAACAGAUGAUUUGAACGAAAUUAAACCCCAAAUCCAUAUCUAUCAAUACUUCUCAGAUAAUGAUCAGUGGAGAUUAAUGGAAAUAACUAAACCGAGUAUUGCCACGAGAACAAUCCUUGGUAUAGAAACUCCAGAAAAAUUAAAGAAGCAAAAUAUUGAAUGGAAUAAUGUUUUUGUAUAUAGUAGAGACAGAAUUGUUGAUCUUCAAUUCCCAAUUUCAAUUCCUGCUAUGGUUGAAUCUGUCCCAAUUGUAUUCAACUUUAGUGAGUUAUUAUUAUCUGAUAAUAAUAAUAAUAAAUUAGAUAGAGAUGAAAGUAACGAGAUUGUUGAAAAGAUAUGGUCAUUAUUGAAAUCAGGAGUACCAAAUUAUUACCGUCCAUAUAUUUGGAUGCAAUUAAGUGGUGCAAACGAUUUAAAGAACUCGAUACAGAAAAAAUGGCAAUCUUUGAAUGAUUCAAAUAAAUGUGGUCAUGAUACAUUAUUUUCAUAUUUAAUUGAGUACGCGGACACAUGUAAUUCUUGCGUGUUAAGACAAUUAGAUGAGGAUAUUGAAUCUGCAAGAAUACGUUAUCAUAUGUGUGAAUCAAUAUUAGGUAUUGAUCAAGUACAUACUUUCUGGGAAAAUGUACGUUACAUAAUGAGGGCUUUAAUUGUUUUUUCAUUAAGAAAGAAGUAUAAUAUUUAUAACUGCGAAAAGUUCCAUGUUGGGUUACCAUUACAAUAUGCAUUUGGCUUGUUAUCUUUAACAAUCGAACUAUUAAUGAAUUUUGGUGGUGUUUGUUUAACUCCAGAAGAUGUUUUCUAUUUAGUUUAUUCUGUCUGUGGUUCUAGGCAUAGUAUUUACUUGAAACCUAAAACUGAAGAAGAUAACAAAGAUGAAAAUAGAUCUAUAAAGAAUAAAAAAUUAAUAAAAGGUGCUUUACUACCUUAUUAUACAACAGAAGAGCAAGAAGAUGAUUUAAAUAAUGAUAUGCCAGCACAAAUAAACGAUAUAAUUUUCUUAAAAAGCGCUUUGGAAUUAUUGCAUCCAUACGAAUAUGAUAAUAUGUUAGCAUCUGGAUUCCAGCUUGAGGAAAUACUUUAUGGAUGUCUAACUUCAAUAUUUGCAGGUUCUUUGCCAUCAUCAACCAUUACACAAUUAUAUGACUUAUUAUUCAAUGUUUACUUCCAGCCACAAGAUAUUUUCAUAAGGAAAAGAGAGGAACAUAGCAAUAAACGUGAUCAUAAAAAUGAAAUUGAUUAUAAUGAUAAUAAAAUAAAUAUUUCAUUAAGUAGACGUAUUUUGAUAUGUUUGUCUUAUUAUAUUAUAACAGAAUCAUAUCGUGAAAUUAACAUUAACCCACUUAUAUCCUCAAAGUGUAUCCGUGAAACUAUCAAAUCUACUAUGGCUACUAUGAGGGAUCCAUUAGAAAUGGUUCAUGGGAUUGAAAGAGCUGAUUUUAUAAUCUUUGGAAACAAAAAGAUUUAUGAAACUAUAUUAAAAUUAUAUGAGACAUAUAUUAUUUCAUAUCAAGAGUCUUUAUGGUUCUCAAAAAAACAAAAUUCAGUACUAGAAAAAAUGAUCAAUAUGACUCCCCUACAAAAUCAACAUGGUAGUGAUGCGCCUUCUCAUUUAGGAAUGAGAUUUAUCGGAGGAAGAUAUGUACCAAAAACUGUUGUAUCACCAGGUUUAUCAUUAAAAGAUUUAACAGAAUCUCUAUAUCCAUUAAUUAAAUUCCAGGCACUUUAUGCAGGUAGAAACUUACACCAAUUACCACCAGGUAUUGCUGGUUACGUAAUAAUAAAAAUAGAUGAAGUACGUGAGUUUGCCAAGUAUAAUGAGCCUAUAUCACCAGUAGUUUGUGUGAGAAUGGACCAAUAUAAAGUUGCAACAGAUCCUGCAACAGAAAGAUGUUCUAGAUCAUUUAUUUGGAAAUCAAACAAUGUAUUUAUGUUCCCAAUACCAAUUUGGAAAUCACCUGCACAAAAAAAGAAUAUACAUGGUGGUCGUAAUACCUAUCAAUUGCAAAGAGAGUCAUCUGAAUCUGAAAUGCCAAUGACUGUUGAAAUUUUUAUUGAGGUAUUGGAUUCUGAGGCACUUGAUGAUGAAAACAAGUUACUAUGUUCAGCACAGUUAAGUUUAGAUAGAUGGUCAACUGAUGGUGGUAGUUUAUCACUGAACGGCGAUGAUGGGACAUUAGCAAUAUAUAAUGAUUGUAAUAAGAUGAGCCUACUAUUCUCAUGGUAUACAUAUGUACCAAAUAAUGAGUUGGACACAAGUGCUUUAUUACCAUUUUCGUUUGGAAAACAACAGUGGGGUGAUUACGGUGGGUAUCAUUGCAUUUAUGCACCAGUUAAUGUAGAAUCAUAUAGGAAUGAAUUGCAUUCAGACUUGAAAGAGGAAAAGUUGAAAGAAUGGGAAUCUGAGCCAAGACAAAGCGUAUUAGACAUUAUUCGUGGCCGUAGAAAGAUGGAUGAGAGUGGUGGUAAUUUGGAUUCUUUACCGACAAUGAGAUCUAUGUAUCCUGGAAAAUUAGAGAUUAGCACAGGAAAAUAUGGUCCGACUAGAUCACAAUUACAGCAAUUAUUCUUCUUCUCAGCGCCUUCACUCUUACCAUAUGUUGACGAAAUUGUUGAGAGUUUUGCAAAAAUAUCUAUGAACUCAUCAGAGGAAAAAGUUACGUUAACACCUGUACCUCUAAGAGAACUAAUUGCAUCAAUUAUUUUGUGUUCUCGUGGUACAUUGAGUGAAAAAGCUAAUUUAUUAUUUGAUUUAUUUGGAUAUGAUGAUGCAAAUAGAUCGUCUGUAGCAUUCCACUCCAUGUAUUAUUCACAUACUCCUCAAUAUCCAGCAGCAAUUCAAAUCGGUUCACAAUUAAAUACUCAUUUACCAGUCGAAGUAUCUGAUAAAUUGGGUGUUGCACCUUCAAAUGUAAUUUCACUAGCAGGUGUAGCUGCAAUCGUACAAACUGCAUGUAUUCGCUCAAACAUACCAUUAGAUAAUGUUGGAAUUUAUCAAAUUACGGCUUCAGUAUUUGACCAUUACUUUGAUGUCCCUAGUGUUUUAAAGGCAUUGAUUAUACCUCCAAAGGGAUAUGAUGGGCGUGUAUCAAAAGAAUAUAUAACACAUAAUUAUCGUAAUUUGAAGUAUGACACAAGUUCAAUAUCAAAUACUGAAGAUAUUACAAUUGAUAAUAUGAAUAUUUUCAAUGAUUGCAGAGGAAAUAAGAGCAUCUUCAAUUCUAUUAAUUGUAUGAAUAGUAAAAACACCAAAGAAAAUGUAUAUUGGUAUAACAUAGAUCAUAUGAUUGAUAGCAAAUAUAUUUUGGAUGUAUCAAGAUCAAUAACACAUCACAUUAGAAAAAAUGCAUCUUUAGAAGGGUUAUUUGGAAUUGAUUUCUCUGUUCAUACUUGUUUGAGGCAUUUUGAUAUUAAUGAUCCAUUCCCAGGCUUAAAUAAGACAUUAAGAAUAAUUAUUAGUGGAAAGAGGAGCAAACACGAAAUAAGAAUAAUUGAUCUUACGAUUGAUGAAAAAGGUCAUUUUAUUGAUUCUAGAGUACAAUAUGGUACGGAAACUAGUGAAGAUUUACAUACAACAGAUGUCAGAGGAGCAAAUCAAUUCAGACAGGCUUUUGAAUCAGGUUUGGCAACUGUUGACUUCCCAAGACUAUUAUAUAGCGAUGGUGCUGCAAAUGGCAAAGAAAGAGUGCCUACUGCUAGUUUUGUAUUCAACUUACACAAUAUUUUGAUUGAUAAAUAUAGCUUCGUUACUAAAUUUUGUGACUUCACAUUGGUGACGGAAGCAAUCCGAAGGAUUACAGCAAAUGAUCGUACGUGUGAGCCUAAUCAAUAUCUCAAACUAAAUGUAGAAGUUAAUUUAACACUUGAGGAGAACAAAUCUUAUCCACAUUACAGUGUUGAUGAAAUUCUAGGUGUUCCACUGAAAGUAAUCAAUAACAAUGAUGAGUUAGCUAAUCAAUUAAGCCAGUCUUUAGUCAUAUCCGGCUCAAAUAAUAUUGGUAAUCAAAGUCAAAGAAGCAUUGGUUCGAUCAAUGCUUCAACAUUAAUAAAUGAUGAUGGAUAUAUGACUCAAAGAUCAAUGAUUUCAACAAAUUCGAAACAAGUAUUUGAACCAUCUUUAUCAGUUCAUUCCUCCAUGUCUUUAUUAAAUAAUUCUAGCAACAUCAAUGAGGAUGUUGCCAAUCAAAGUUCACAGGCGGAGGUUUUUAAUUCAAAUAGUUCAUUUGUAAACAAUAGUAUUGCUGAAGGUGACAUAGAACAAAUUUUAUCAAAAAAAUCUACUAGAGGUGAUGAAAAUCCGGAGAAUUCUAAUGAAGGUCAUAAAAACGGUAAUAUUGAAAAAGUACCAACUAGGACAGAGAGUAAUGGAGGGGCUGUAUUGAAGCAAGCUUCCACUGCAACUUCUAAGAUUGCUGCUCUAUUUAUGACUAGAGAAUCUUCGUUGUUUAAAUCAUUAUCAUCAACAUUCAACAAUGGAGAUAAUAAUAAAGAAGCUGGAAAUCUUGAUUCUAGAGUAAAUUCUGGAGCUAAGGCAUCAAAAAUUUCUGAUAAUGAAGAAAUAAUUAGAGUGGAAUCAGAUUUUAAUUCAAGAAAAAAAUCUUCCAAUAUUGAUGAAGAUGACGAGGAACUCAAAGUAGAUGAGGAAGAAGAAAUGUUAUUACAGCAACAACAGUUGUCUUCAGCAAUUAAUUCAUUCAACUCUAAGAGAAUAAACUCCCAAACAAGUUUAUUAAGUGCAGUAAGUCGUGGAGCGUCAACUGUAAAUCUUUGCCGAACAUUUACAAGAGGAAACUUUGGAUCAUAUUACGAACCUGAAGGUAAGACCGAGUAUCAAGUUGAUAUCCCUUUCAGACCACCAGGUCAGGUCGAAGAGAGACAUAAUAUUAGAGUUUAUUUGGCUGACAGUAUUCGUGUUUUGAAAAAUAAAGUAAUGGAAGCAUGUAAGUCAAUUGCACAGAGAUUACAAGAGAGUGGAAUUGAUAAUGGGUUGUAUAAAGAAAUUGUAUUAGGACCAUAUCAUGUAGUUGAGUUGGUAGUCACUGAUUUCGAUGGCCAUAUUCGCUAUGUACCAUUAAUGAAUGAAACAAACUCGAUUGAGGAUUAUAUUCUUUCAAACGAAGAUUUACUGCAAGAAUUUAUAACUUCAAACAUGAACAGCAUUUUGAAUAUCAGAAUCACUCCACCAAAGAAUUUACAAACGGAGAAAUCAACUAAGAUUGUAAAUGAGAUGGAACAUGAAAGUGGUGGUGCUUGUAUCACUAGUAUGUAUCUAGCAAAUGAGCUCGCAAACCACGAAAUAUUGGAAGAUGGAUUAUUGGUUAGAAACCCUCUAGGGUUCAGAACAUAUUUCCAUAGAGCUCAUUAUGAGAUAAGGAACAAGAUGAUCGAAAUUGAGCCCGGAAAAGUGGUCUCUUUAGAUAAUUUAUGUUUUGUAAGAAAGAGUAAUACAGUAUUAAAUAAUCUAGCAGCAUGUAUCAAUUUGGAUUGGAAUGUAGAUGAAUGGGUUCCAGCAGUUGCUAUCAGAGGAAUUAAUACAUUCUUAGAUGAACUUGAAGGUAUUCAUUCUGAUUCAGUGCGUGGCCGUACAUCUAGAAUUCCACAGGCAGUAUUAAGUGCGUCAUCUAUUAUUGGAGGGUUUAUGCCGGUGACUUUAGGAGCAUAUAACCCAAUUUCUGCUGCAUUUGACUAUGGUUAUGGUGCAAGAAACGGAAGCAUCACCGUUUCAAAUAAUCAUAGAAACUUUGGAAAUGGAGCUAGCACAAAGAGAUACAAAACUGGAACAAAUUUAAAUACUAAAAAGUUCGGAACGACUACAACUGGAAUUAAUAAUUCGAAUCAAUCUUCCAAUUCUGUAUCUUCAAAAAUUAAACCGGAAGAUAUGAUUACAUCUGUUUAUGGAUGGGAUUUAUGUUAUGAAGUCAUUCUACUGGAUUUCCAUGAUUUGAUGAUUGAAGGUGGUAUUAAUACAAGAGAAUCAACUUGUGUGACUGAAAAUGAUGUUAUUUUCUGCUUCAGAAAUCCAAGUGUAAGACAGCAAUUUGAAAUUACACAGCUGACUACAGACGAAAAAAUAAGAAUUAUGUCACUCGCAGAAUCUGGGAUGUGCCCUCAAAGGAUUGCACUCGAGUUAUCUGAAGAUAGAGUUGCUGCAUUAAAGAGUGGCUCAUACUCUAUGUUGUACAACAAUCAACCCCGAGCAGUUGUUGUGCCGCACCAAUUGGUUUCUGAAUUCCUGAGAAGAUUUAGAGCUGCAAUUGAAGAAGAUAAACAUAUUUUCUAA